CGAGAGCCAUGUGCUGCUCGUCUGCCAAGUGGAAGCGUGAGGUCGUGCCAGAUCACAAGUUCGACUUUAUCGACGUCGGCCAGUUCUACAGCAAGACGUUCGGCUCGCGCCUGUCGUACGCGUGGUACUGGACGUUGUUCCUCAUCUCGAUCGCCGUCUACGUCGCCGACACGUACACCUUGAUCGCCCUCCUCGCGUCGAACCGCUGGUCCGGCCAGAUCCUCCAGUCCGAGGCCGCCCAGGCCGACACCAAGUCGAGCAACGUCCUCGAGGUCCCGUUCAAGAUCGGCAAAUGGAUCUUCUUCGCGUGCAUCAUCGUGUCAUUCGUGCUUCUUCUGUGGGAGGCCCGCAAGGCUCGCGCCAUUGUCAAGUCGCGCGACAUCUCGUACGCGCACACCAACCUCAUGGCGCACUCGUGGUACGCCUUGCGCAGCUACAACCACUUUUGUUUCUUCGCCCAGGUCGACUCGUCUAAGAAGAAGAAGGACAACCUCGCCUUCUUCACCUUCUUCACGUUCAAGGGCGAGUCCUCCUCCCUCUCGUCCCUUGUCGGCUGGAAACGGCUCCUCCUCGCCGACGCGCCGCGCCAGGUCAUCAACGCCAUUACGCUCUGGUCGUUCGGCAAGUCGCAGAAGUGGACGACCGACUUUGGCGUCUACUUCUCGGGCUCGCUCGUCAAGCAGCUCGCGCUUGCGACCAUGCUCUUCACGGUCGCCAUCUUCAUCAUCUCGGCCGUCCAGCUCCUUGUCGCGGCGGCCAUCUACCCGGCCCUCCUGUGCUACAUCCAGGGCAACCUCAAGGAGUACUGCUGCCACAAGGUCGACAAACGCAUCGCCGAGCUCAUGAAGCGCAAGAACCGUCGCCGGCUCGCCAAGGAGGCCGAGUACGCGCGUCGCGAGGCGGCGGGCGACUUUCGGCACCUCAAGGACAAGUCGGGCAAGCUCGUCAACGCGCCGCGGCCUCAGCCGACGCUGCCCAAGAUCGGCCUCAACGCGAGCGAC